AUGAAUUUGAUAAACCCUAAUUUGAAGGCUUUCUUACAAGCAUGGGGUAAAGCAUGUGAAAGUAGCAGCAUUUCUACCAUGUUGGUUCCUGGAGGAAAAACAUAUUUGUUGAUUCCUAUUCAAUUCAAAGGCCCUUGCAAAGGGCCAUCUAUUCAAGUUCAGAUUGAUGGAAUCCUAUUGGCACCCAGCAUCAGGAGUCAAUGGAAAGAUUGCCCGGAUAAUACAUGGAUCGCGUUCUCACAAAUUAUCGGCCUUCACAUUAAUGGAAAGGGAAAACUCAAUGGCCAAGGUUUGUCAUGGUGGAAAACCAACCCACGUAACGACUAUAACCAAUGGAACCAAAAAGAGAGUCCUUGCACCAAAUCAACGAGUUUCUGCUCAAAAGCGUCGACGAUAUUAGGUGCUUGCGCAAAACCGACGGGAAUAAGGUUCAUAGGUUGCAAUAACCUUGUAUUAAGUGGGUUGACUCAUAUCAAUCCUCCAAGUAGACAUAUAAACAUAUAUGGAUGCCAAAACGUCCAAAUUUCUCACCUUACAAUCACGGCGCCUGCAAACAGCCCUAACACAGAUGGAAUCGGAAUUUCUUCCUCUAGUAACGUCAGAAUUACCGACUCUUUCAUCGGCACAGGUGAUGAUUGUGUUGCAAUUUCAACGGGUUCUACAAACAUUUUUGUGGGAGGAGUUCAAUGUGGACCGGGUCAUGGUAUAAGUGUUGGAAGCCUUGGUCAAGGGGGGUCUUCUUCAAAUGUGGAUGGUGUUUUUGUACAAAACUGCACUUUUACCGGAACAGAAAAUGGAGUCAGGAUAAAGACAUGGCCGGGUGGAAAAGGUUAUGCAAGAAAUAUUACAUUUACUGGCAUUCGGUUGAAUAAUGUUAAGAAUUCUAUUAUUAUUGAUCAGACAUAUUGUCAGGUCGCUGAAAAUUGUCAAGAUCAAGCGCAGGCAGUGCAAGUGAGUGAUGUGAAGUAUAUAGGUGUUCAAGGAACAUCCGCAACGGCCCAAGCAAUAGUCCUACAAUGCAGCCACCAUGUUCCUUGUAAAAAUAUUAUUUUUAACAGAAUAAACAUAACGUCGUCCUCUAAGGGUAAUGCUUUGGCUAGUUGCAAGAAUGCAGUGGUGUCUAUUCAGACCGCAAUAUCUCCAAAUGUUUCGUGCAUCAGUGCCAUUUAA